UCAAGCGUCCAUGUUGUUAGCGUGUAAAGAGAAUAGAAAGACUGUUGUAAUCCUGAGAUUUUGUCAUUUAUAAAACAACAUUUAGAAUUUGAAAGCAGUAUUUAAGACUCUGAGUCUUUUCAAAGGAGGAUUAAUAGUAUUUUGUUUAAAUAUGAGCAAGAAGUCGUCAGCAAGUUCGGGCGAUGAUGGUGGUCGGUCAUCUACCAAAAAGAAAGGUGGCGGAUUUCUUGCUCGUCAAGCAAAAGCUAAAAAGACUGUGACUGAGGAAGAAUUACUUAAGAAGAGUUCUAUAACGCCCGAAGAUGUAUUAAAACUAGCAAAGUCUACAGAAAACUAUUUGUGUGAGCCUCAUGCUAAUGUUUAUAGCAUAGACUUCACAAGGUUUAAAAUAAGAGAUAUGGAAACAGGAGAUGUUCUGUUCGAGAUCGCMAAGCCGGACGGUUUUGAUGGAGAUGAAGUUAUAGAGAACGAGGAAGAUCCCAAUGCUGGCCGAUUCGUAAGAUACAAGUUUACCUCAGAUUUUCUGCGGUUAAAAACUGUAGGAGCUACGGUUGAAUUUACAGUGGGUGAUCAACCCAUUCAGAGUUUUCGUAUGGUAGAACGACAUUAUUUUCUCGACCGCUUAUUGAAAAGCUUUGACUUCGAUUUUGGAUUCUGCAUUCCUAAUAGUAAGAAUACAUGUGAGCAUAUUUACGAACUGCCAGCUCUUACACCAGACCAAGUUCAAGAAAUGAUCGACCACCCAUUUGAAACCAAAUCAGAUAGCUUUUACUUUGUGGAUAACAAGUUAAUCAUGCAUAACAAAGCUGAUUACGCYUACAAUGGAUGAACACUCAAUCAAAGUGUUUUUGUACUUCUCUAUUCAUUUGAACAUAUACUUUUGUUUAACAGUCAUUAUAUAUCAUGACAGUUAAUACUAUUUCAGUCUACAUUUCCACUAGACAUGUGCAAACCCUAGUGCUUAAAUUUUGAUCAACAUUCUGAAAUUGGAAUAAUUAACUCAUACAGAAUGUCCAGAAUAUAUUCAGGGUUUUCUGCUGGAAGAAUGAUUGUCCUUUCAAUCCAGAAUGUGUAUAAGGAGUAAAUACGCAUUCAAGGAUUUAUAGUAAUGACCAUAUUUUAAAAUUACAAUCAAGUAGGAAUAUUGAUGAUUCUGUUUUCACAAAAUUGUAUUUGUAUUUCUUACAAGAUUUAAAAAUUUCAAGUAAAAGGUUUGAAGAAAAGAUCUUUCCAAUUGCUGAUAACAUGAUUUUAGUGCACUAACUUGUUAGUAGCAAUGUGGUUAAUAUUAUUGAUUGUCAUGGUGUAACAAAUCCCUUUUGUGAAAUAGCAUUUGGUGUUGCACUGUAGUCUAGAUUCAGCACAAAGAUGUUUUUUGUGCAUGCUGAAGCUAGACCCCAAUGCAUUGCAUUCUACAUAUUUCAGACAAGGCCUGUGGAAGUAAUAUACCCUGCGAACAGAGUGCAUUUCCUUACCUCAAUGAAAAUUCACAAAUUUUAAGGUAAAGAAAUACAGUCUGUUCACAGGAUAGAAGUAAGGACACAAGUAUGUGUAAUAAAUCUGCCUUAAUCAGUGUUGUCAGUACUGAUUUGUGUGUCCUAAUAAAUUCUAUGAGAAACACUUGAUAACUAAGCAGCCGCAAAUAUACAUGUACACUCAUAAGGCAGAUGUUUCUAAAUGGUACUUGACUGCAAUUUCAUAUCAUUAAUAAUUACUAAUAUGUAGGGCGUGUUUCUCUUUGCAAUAUUGAUAAACCCUCAUUAAGUAGAUCAGCCAGGGAUGACGUAAGGUUAUAACUAUUGUUACAGUAACAACUCAGUCAUUUUGAAACACCAAUAACUAAUACAGCAGAUGAUUGUUAAUAAUAAUGAUAAUUAUAUCCAUAACAAAUAAUUGAAUAACUGUGUGCUAAUCUUUUCUGAUUUCUGUUUAGAGUUCUAAUUACUGUGAUCUGAUUUGUGGUAAGAUCUUGGUUGGGUAGCCAAWCUGUACAUAAUGAAAUGUAAAAAUAUUUUCCAAGGGAAAUUUAGACUUUAGUAAUUACAGUCAAUCGGCAAUACUAGUCCACAUCAUUGUCUAUAGCAAAGGACCAUGGGAUAUACAGUCCUCAUAUUAUUUUAUGUCUGAAUUAAUAAUCCCAAAAAUAUGCUAAAAUAUGCUCUACCAAAAUGGUAGUACUGCUUUUGCAAUGAAAGCACAAAAAUGGAUUGUUSUUUUAGAUUAUUCAGAUAGACAUAAAAAAUGCAGAAGAAAAUGAUGUCACUGUUUAUUGCCUAUUAUAACAACCCUGGGUUUUAGAUCAUGAUAUUUGUACAAUUUCAAUUAUAAUAUUAAUUGUAGAAGUCUUAUUUUCUAUAUGUAUAAAAUAAUUUCUCAAUAGAAGGAAAAAAAACUGUAUUUGUUUAUGCAGUUUGUGAAAUGUGAUUUCUUUCACAACAGUUAGUUUCUCAUCAUUGCUUUAUACAGUCUAAUACAAAACUAUUGAAACUUCGUUAAGAAGUUUCCAGUAAAAUUUCAAGAAAAAUGCUUCCGUAGCCAUUAAACAUAUUUUAUGUUUGGCUGAGUGCCAUUCUCCCUUCAAUAUUAUGAGUUACAUUGCCAGCAAGGAAAUUUCCUAACACAGUUUGCAGUAUAAUGAAGUCAUGAUUGAUUUUGAAUAAAAAUAUCUACAGAUUGAA